UAGAGGCGGCCGCGUCGAAUGACGCACGCGCGUUCCCGCCUGGAACGCCGGCUUCCGAGAAGGCGAAAAACAAGGAGCGCGCGACGCGAGUUGAACGCACCGGUAUCGCGGCGACUCCGCACCAGUUACAGUCGCCAGACGACGUUCUGAAUACAUUCACUCUCAGAGCGCGUGGAAUGGCGAAGUGAAAGGACUGCGGAUUGAGCUGUCGUCACUAUCGUGACGCGCCCUUCUUGGAGAUGUUUUCCUGAUGCAACACGUGGCAAUAGUCGCCGCAAGUACUCCGUGGCAGGCCUAUAGAUUUCGGCAUCCCCCGACGACGAAGACAUCGCCUCCGACGAAGUUGCCGUCGCCUGCGUUAGAAGGUGUCUGGUGCGACACCUUUCCCACGACAUUCUUCAGUUUCGUCUCUUUCGCAUUGUUGGAGCGUCCAUUCUGAGAUAGAAACGAAUUUUCGCCAUGAGAAAUCAGGUGGAUUGCCGGUGGGACGUGGCCGUGCUGACGUCCAUGGCCGGCUUCUUCGCCAUCGCCACCAACCGGAACAUAGGCUGGUUUUACGUGGCCUACAUGGAGGAGUUCGGCAUUGAUCGGCGUGGUGCGUCCUGGCCAGGGUCUGUGCUAGCGACCACCCUUCGCUGCGUUGGUCUCCUUCUUUCCGUACUGCAGAGAUACGUGUCGCUCUUCUGGAUUGGUCUACUGGGCAGUAUCCUGCUAUGGAGCAGCCUCAUCGCAUCUUCGUUCGUACCGAACAUAGAAUGGAUGACGGUGAUCAUCGGCUUUGCACACGGUGUUGGUGCAGGACUCGUGUUGAAUACGCAUCUAGUACUGAUCAUGCACUACUUCUGCAAGUACCGGGGUGUCGCCGCAGGUCUUCGUCUGUCUGCCAAUCCUGUCAGUGCCAUCGUCUUUCCCAUCGUGUUGUCGGCGCUGAAAGACGCCUACGGCUUCCGCGGAACUCUCCUAGUGUUCGCGGCCCUCACCAUGCAUGUCACUGCCUUAAGCCUAGUGCUCAAGGAACCGCCAUGGGUUCGCCGCGCGAGAACAAAAAAGCAAACACAAGGGACAGAACCAAGUGACAUUCCAAACAGGCUGACGGACGUGGGGCUUGAAUGCAACGUAUCCGCGCUCCGCAAGAAAAUGGAACCAGUGGACACUUUAGCGGUCAAUCGAACAAUUUCAGAAAACUCAAAAGAAUAUGAAAUGCCCGUUCCAGAAAUGGAAGUUUUAUUAGCUCACCUCAAGCAACCUGAAAGCAACGAUUCUUCAUCUAAUACGUCUCCGGGGCUAGGACAAUUCUCCCCAUUACUCAUUUCCGAAAUGGAUAAGCACGGAGACAAAUCUAUAUCCGAGAUAGCAGUUAAAACGUUAGACUGCUGUGUUCCACUGCUGAGCACUGACAAGCAAAUGCUCGAUAAACACAACUCAGAAUUGACGAAUGGCGAUCACAUAAGCCAAAGAAUAGCACAAGAAAUUGGUCGGCGCCUCUCUGCAGUAGGCCCAGUGACCAUCAAAUCACCUCAAAGCAAUUGCACACUGGGCUUGUCUUCUCAGGCUUCCGAAAAAGGUGCUAACGGACAGCACGGCACUCAGAACUGGGUUACAGGGAAUAGGCUUUCGUGUCUUUCUAGUCGGCUGUUUAGGUGGUUUUUCAAACUUGUCUUACCCACAAGACCUCCUUCGCUGGGGAUAAUCACAGCCGUCGUGGCAUCGACGUUGUUGGACUACAUCAAUGCCGUGCACCUCUCUACCUUGGUGGACUACGCCCGAGAUAAGGGCGUUUCGCCCACACAGGCAACCAUGACCAUCGCGUAUGCCGCAGUGCCAGAAAUAUUCGGGCGCAUAUUCCUGCCCUUUAUGGCCGACCUCGGUUGGGUGACCAGGCCGACACUGGCCUGCGGUUCACUCUUUGCCCUCGGAUUCUUAUUUGCCGCUACGCCGGAGACAACGGUGGAUGCCCACAUUGCCCUCCGUGCGCUGUCAUCGGUGGCAAUGGCGGGCCUCCUAACGAUGAAGCAGGUCCUCAUAGCCGACAACCUUGGUCCAGAGGCCGUACCUCUCGUUUCGGGAACGUCUGGCCUGCUGCUCGUGCCGGUGCUGUUCAGCAACCCCAUGAUCAUAGGCUAUUUCCGCGACACGAUGGGUUCCUAUGACAACUUGUUCAGGAUCGCAGCGGGCGUGAUCCUGUGCUCGGCUUUUGUGUUCGCCGGCAUCAUUGUCUCCGCGCGAAGAACCAAGGCAGCAGCAGCAGCAGCAGCAGCCGCAAAGGAUGACGGUGGUUGUGCAGCGUGAACGUCCAAGCUGUGCUGUGCGACGUACCUAACAAGACAAUGCACUUAGUUUGUGCUUAACAGGUAAACCGUAAGUGAGCAGUGACAUGAGCGGGACGAUGACUAUUAAAUGAACCUGUGAUUUUCGCGGUAGUUAGGUAGCAGGAUGGUGAGCGCCAUUAUGUGGUGCUGGACUGCCAUAACGUUAUUGCUCUCAAGGAGUGCUCUGGCAGACUGACUUGCGUGCAGUUGUUGGUGACGACGAUGACGUCCUCAGGAAACAUCAAGCCACACUGGAGUCGUUUUAUGGCAGCUUGUGCUCAUCCUACGAUGAUCGCGACACUAUAUAUAUUCUUCGGGCGACCGUCGUAUACGGCAAAUGGGGUGCUUUUAUCUGCCGGCAGGCCGAUAAGAUUCCGGAUUCUUUUAAGGCUUUGACUACUCCUUAUCUCUCAAGUGUGUUGCUACACUUGGGUAAUUUUAUCCUCCCACACUAUUACCGCGACGCUCUGGCGCCGUAUCGUCCUGUACAUAACAAGUGAAACACACGUGCCUUCCUUAUAGGUUGUUGACGAAAUGUUGGUCAAACACGGGUCAUCUGUACGCUUGGCUCGAUUGAUCGACUUACCUGACGACAGUUGCUGCACAUAACUUUUCUUUAUUAGAAAAGCGACGUUCACAUUCACAAUUAAACUUUCGAUAGCAUAUCAGAAGGCAAAGUGCCCGAUAUUCUCAAGAGUUGAACUAUACAGGUUAUCCUGUAACUCUGGCUGUGAACUAUACAGCCAGAGUUUUAAAAAAAAUGCAAAUGCCACGUACUGGACAGAACAAAGGUAAUGUUGUUUGCCGUCGCAUGGAGAUACUCAAACUAUAUUUUUUCAUUCUAGUCCAUUAUUGUAAUUAUACUCGUAAAAUCACUUAAAGCACUCUUGACAAAUUAUAAUCAGAACGAAGGUACUCAUAGGAAGCUGCGUCUAUCGCUUCUUCCCUUCUUUAACAUUUUUGAUGUAGAAAAAGGGAAAGGCAGCCUACGCUAGAGCUACCUAUCACCUACUCCAUCCUCUCCAGGAGUGGUGAUUCAGACAUUUUGGAUCACUCGUUGAUAUCUUUAGUGAGAUUUCAUGCUGGCCUUUCGGUGUGCAUGUUAAGUUCUUCCAUUCCUGUAGUACAUAGUCGGACAAUCCAAGGCGGAAAAUCAUUUAUAAUUUACCUAUUUCCGGCGAACAUUGUACAACACAAUUGUUUAGACCUAAUAGUAUUUAGCGUAUUUAUAUGCUUUAUUUCUGAGUUCUGCUGAUCAGCAUUGGGAAAAUUGUCGUUUAGACGUGUCAUCAAGCAUGCAUUUUCAGAAUGCUAUUUUGUUUUGUAAAUACAAAUGUUGACCAUGUGUAUACAAUCACGAUCUCACUAGGAGGAAGAUAGCAUUAUCGCUUUUGCUGAAUGCGAAUUACAAUGUAACAGCUAAAGAGCUGUGUAUUUUUGUCACGUGCGCAAAUAAAAAAAAACCUAUUCUCUGUGA